AUCACCACAUACUUAUAUGUAUAUCUAUAUCUAUAUCUCAAUUCAAAUGUCUAAUUAAUUAACUAUACUCUAUUUCCUUGUUGAAAAUGAAUCCCAAAAUCAAAUACUUAAGUUUGACAAUUGCAAUUUCUGCAAUACUUAUAUCAUCAACCAGGGAUCUUAUAACAAGCACCGCACCAAAACCACAAUUACCAUAUUCUCUGAAAUACAUAGCUGAUGUUGUCCUGUUAUUACCAUCAUCCAUAAUCUCAUCACCUCUUAUAUCAUUCCCCUUUAGUAGGCACCAUCGAAAAAAACGACCUGAUAAGGGUACAACGACAUCAAUUUGUGAUGAUUUUCACCCACAAUUUCCUUCAGUAGAUCCAAACACAACCACCAUUCUGUGUGUGGAUCCAAACGGGUGUUGCAAUUUCACGACUGUUCAAGCUGCCAUUGAUGCAAUUCCAACCACUAGUGCUGCUGCUGCUCCUACUCAGAACAGAACCGUAAUAUGGAUCAACUCUGGCCUUUACUAUGAGAAAGUGGUGAUUCCAAAAACGAAACCAAGCAUAACAUUACAAGGGCAAGGAUAUUUAACCACUGCAAUAGCCUGGAACAACACAGCAAACUCAUCAGGUGGAACGUUCUAUAGUGGCUCCCUUCAAGUUUUCUCUGACAAUUUUAUAGCUAAGAACAUAAGCUUUAUGAAUGUGGCUCCUAUUCCAAAACCGGGGGAUGUUGGAGCUCAAGCAGUAGCAAUAAGGAUAUCAGGAGACCAAGCAGCGUUUUGGGGUUGUGGAUUUUUUGGAGCUCAGGACACACUCCAUGAUGACAAGGGUCGCCAUUACUUCAAAGAUUGUUAUAUCCAAGGUUCCAUUGAUUUCAUCUUUGGAAAUGCAAAAUCUUUAUAUGAGGAUUGUGAACUGAUAUCGAUAGCAAAACCAGUAGCAGCAGGAUCAAGAUCUAUAGACGGAAGUGUGACAGCGCAUGGAAGAGCUUUGAAGGAGGAAGACACGGGGUUCGCGUUCGUGAAUUGCAAGAUUGGAGGAACAGGAAGAGUGUGGCUUGGGCGUGCUUGGAGGCCGUUUUCUCGAGUUGUCUUUGCUCUCACAACCAUGUCUGAUAUCAUAGCCCCAGAAGGAUGGAAUGACUUUAACGAUGCAACCAGAGACCAAACUAUUUAUUAUGGAGAAUAUAAAUGCUCAGGAGCUGGAGCUGAUAUGAGCAUGAGGGCCUCUUAUGUACAGAGAUUAAACGACACUGAAGCCUCUAAUUUCCUUAAUGUGUCUUUUAUAAGUGGAAAUCAAUGGCUGCAACCCUUUAAUAACUGAUUUCACUAAUAUUCAAUUCAUUAUAUACUUCUUUUAAGGGUAGUUUAUUAUAGUUAAUGGUGAAUUGUUAUUAUUCAAUACCAAGAGUAAUAGCAACAUAUAUUCCAUAAAAAAAAGGGCUGUAAUAGCAACAUAUAUAUAUUUACUUGUAUUAUUUCAUUUUUAUCAAAAAAAACGAAUCAUCAAAUAAAUUAUUUCAUAUAUAAUUAAAAAAAAUAUAUUGUUUUUUAAUUAAAA